AUGACAAAAGGGUGCUAUACCUGCCGCCGUCGUCGCAUCAUAUGCGACAAUGGUCAGCCGACUUGCCGGAAAUGUCGAGAUGCGGGCAAAGAAUGCUUGGGCUAUCAAAAGCCCUUGGUCUGGGUCAAAGGGGGUGUGGCCAGUCGAGGCAAGAUGAUGGGCCGCAGCUUCGAUGAUGUGAACAAAGCCGACGACAAUACGAAAAGUCAGAACCCUCCUCUCCAGUCCCAUGCUCCUAUACCGACCAAUACCUCUGGCUUCAGCGUUUUCUCCGUGGCCGAAUCUUCCUCCGACAACGACUCCCCGAGUUCAGGAACCCAGACGAGUCCGGAAGCCGAUACCUACACGCAAGACACAUCAGACCAACCUAUAUUCGAGCCAGUGGAGGAGGAAACAAUGCAAGACUUCAAUAUGCCGGAAGACAUGACCUCCACGCUCGUCCAAAUGGGACACGUUCACUCUGUCGAACUAAACCAUGUCCCAUCGCCCUGGGGGCUAGUAGAUCCGCUGUUCAAAGAUCUCUCUCGGUUCUCUCGAUUUUAUCUACAUCAUUAUAAUCAGUGCGUGGCUGGGGACUUCGUGGUGUAUGCCGGCUCCAAGAAUCCCUGGAGAGAUAUCAUUUCGCUGGUCGGCGAUUCACCGCUUCUUGCGCAUGCUCUUUCUUCAAUGGGAGCUCUCCAUUACUCGCUCACGACAAAUUCGGACUCUUCUACAAUGCCUUGGUCGACGCAAGGUCUAGCCACGGAUGAUUCUCAGCUCACUCCAGAGCAAAUUGAAAGCUUCAUCUCACCAACAGGUCUCAGACGAACUCCCUCAAAAGCUUUCGAGCACUUUUUGGAAUUUAAACAGCGUACCCUCAAUCAGCUAUCCAAAGACCUCCGCAAUCCAGUUUCACAAAAGGAUGAUAGAACUCUCGCUGCGAUUAUCGUUCUCGCUCUUCUGGACCUAUUUGAAUCUGGGAGUGGCGCCUGGAGCUAUCAUAUUGAAGGCGCGAAGAAGCUUCUUCGAGACCGACCUGAAAACGAGCUUGGUCAGGGUAUCCUGCAAGGACUCGAAUCGUUCGCCGUUGACGGAUGCUUGAUAAUGGAAAUUAUGGGCUCCACCCUCGCGCGGCCAGGCGCUUUAUCCAAACCCUUCUAUUCAACGGAAAUGGGACCAGCCAUGCUGAAACGCCUCGAAAUAACAUCAUGGAUUGGCUGCCCAGCCUACCUUCUCGAAGUCAUCUUCUUCGUCCACACCCUCUGGUACCCGGACUCCGAAAUAGCAGCCGCCAUCCCACGACCAACCGCCCUGCCAAUGUCCAUGCAACAAGGCAGGCCACUUACACUCGAAUCUUACGUCGCUCUCCUCCAAGGUAUCCGCAGCUUCGACCCAGUAUCUUGGGCUCAUGGAAUGCAGCAAUACCAUUUACUUCCCGAUGUCACUCACCGUAUCACUCUUGCCAGCGCAUACCAAGCCGCUGUCUACCUCUACACUAGCCGCGUACUCUCCCGUUCCAGAGAGGGCUUCUCUCCUCCCUGGACAGAUGUCGGCGUUCCAUCAGACCACUCCACCGUCGCGAACGAGCUCAUCACCCAAUUAUGCUCCGUGCCUUCCUCCGACCCACACUUCAAAUGUCUCAUUUGGCCGACUUUCAUUGCAGGUGCAGAAUGUCGACGGCCUUCGCAACGUGCCCUCAUUCUUGAGAGGCUGGGCACGCUUUACCAUGCCGUGACGAGUGUCAACGUUCGCAACGCAGCCUGGGUACUCAGGUUAAUGUGGCAGAACAAAGACAAAAAGCGCCGCGAGCGUGGUGAGUACCUCGAUUCGGAAGGUCGAGGCAUGUUUGAGAAUGACGAACUUAAUGACGAAGAGGGUGACGAUACCUUCGAUUGGAUCGAUAUGCUAGAUGAAUCUCGGCUUGACUGGCUCUUUAUCUAA